UAUGGAUCAAAUAGAGGAAGAACAUAAGAUAAUUCAUCUAGAAAUCAAGUAUACUACAGAAAUUCACAAAAACGUACCUAUUGAUCUCAAUGGAACCGUACUUAAGUUCUAGGAGACUCUCCAAGAAUUACUCAAGGUCCCAAUUGAGAAAUAGAAGAUUAUGAUUAAAGGAUCUCUUUUAAAAUAAGACUAAAAUCUUUCAAAAUUGAAUCUCAAGAAUGUAAAAUGGCAUUUAUAUCUUAGGGAUAAUAAAUUAUGGUUAUGGGUGCAAGAGAAGAACAUCUUUUAAAUUUGAAAUAAGGCAAGAAAAUAUUUGAAGAAGAUCUCACACCAGAAUAGAAGGCUGUUUUAUUGAAAUAGAGAGCAGGAGUAUAUAUACAAUCUCUAUCUUAUUAGAUUGUUCUACCAAUAGGAUUAGUCAAUUAAGGAAAUACAUGUUAUAUGAAUGCCUCAAUUUAAAUUUUGAGAAGAGUCAAUGAGUUGAAUGAAUAUGUAAAGAAUAAUGCAAAGUAAGGAUAAGGACUUAGUGUCAAGUUAUUUAAUGCAUUAAAUGAUGUCUUCUAAAAACUUGAACUCAAAGGUGAACCAUUUAAGCCUUUGAAUUUUAUGACUGUAAUACAUUUUCUAAUAAAGUAUAGAUCUUCUUUUAGUUGUAUCCAGAAUUUGCUUAAAGGGAUAAUCAUAUGACAUUUAAAUAAUAAGAUGCAGAUGAAUGCUUUUAAAAUAUUUUAUAAACUAUUUAACCUUUGACUAACUAUGAGAAUGAAGAGGGAUUAUAAAAAAACUUAAUUUCAGAUUUAUUUGAAAUAGAAUUGAAAGCAACAAUCGAGAAUUAAGAUAUUCCAGAUGAACCAAAGAAGGUUAGUGUAGAGAAGGGUAAGAAGUUAAUGUGUAUAAUUGAUAAUCAAAGCAAACCAGUAAAUACUUUAGUUGAAGGUAUUACAGUGAGUUUGGAAGAAUAAAUGGAGAAGAUUUCUGAGACAGAUCAACAAACUCAUAUUUAUAAGAAAACACAAAGAAUUAGUAAAUUAGUAAGACUUUAUAAUUUAUAUUAAAGCCAAGUUAUUUAUUAUGUUAAAUGGUUAGAUUUUAUUGGAAAUUAGGAGUUUAAGGAAAGGAAGGAGUGAAAGCUAAAAUAUUGAGAAAUGUUGCAUUCCCAAAGAUUUUAGAUUUAUUUGAUUUUUGUGCUCCUGAAUUAUAAGAAUAAUUACAAACAGGAAGAGAUUAUGAAAAAAAGAAACUUUUGGAAAUGGCUGCUAAAGAGACAGAUGAGUUAGAAUAAUUCAAAAAAGAUUUAGAAGCAUCUGGAAAGAUGGUACCAGAUGAUACUAGAGAAAUUUAUAAAUAAUUUAAGGCUAAAAAAUAAUAAGAAGAAAUUAAGAAUCAUGAUGAUUAGUUGUAUAGAAAACAUGGAUUUGGAUUAGUUACAGGAAAUUAUGAAUUAAUUGGAGUUUUAAGUAAUUAAUUAUUUAAUUAAUAGCUCAUACUGGAAGAGAGGCUGAUUCUGGACAUUAUAUGGCAUGGGUUCAUCAUUCAGGUGAUAAUUGGAUAUAGUAUGAUGAUGAAAAGACUUCAGAGAGAAAAAUUGAACAUAUUUUAGAUUUGAGAGGAGGUGGAGAUUGGCAUAUGGGUUAUUAUCUGCUUUAUAGAAGAUUAGAAAUUGAGUGAUAUUAUAAAAAUGAAUAAUUAUCAUUAUUUAUUCAAGUUCAUUAUUGUAGGAGAAUCAAGUAGUUGUAUGUAUAAUAAGUUAGCUGUUGGAAAAAGUUGUUUAUUAUUAUAAUACACAGAAGGAAGAUUCCAAGUAGGGUAUGAUGCUACAAUUGGAGUUGAAUAUGGAUCUAAAGAAAUAAUCUAUGAUAAUAAACUAAUCAAGUUAUAACUUUGGGAUACGGUAUAAUAUAAUAAUAUUCAGGCAGGCUAAGAAUCUUUUCGCUCUAUAACUAGAGCAUAUUACAGAGGGUAUUUAAAGGCUAUAAAUAUGUUUAGAUCAAUUGGUUGUUUUUUAGUUUAUGAUAUCACAAGGAGAAUAACAUUUGAUAGAAUUUAAUCAUGGGUUAAAGAUGUGAAAUAAGACACUAAUAACAGAAUUGAAUUUUUGUUGGUAGGAAACAAAUGUGAUUUAAAAGAUCGAAAAGUUAGUUAUGAUGAAGGAAGACAAUUAUCAAUUUAAUUAGGAUGUGAAUUCUAAGAGACAUCAGCCAAAACUGGAGAAAAUGUGGAAUUUAUAUUUGAAUAUUUGACAAAGAAUAUAUAUGAGAAUAUAAAAUCUAAUAAAAUUGAUCCUAAUGAUCCAAAUCAUGGAAUUAAAAUUGGAAAAAUAGGAUAAAAUGAAAAGAUUACAGAAAUUCCUAAGAAGAAACAGAGAAGUAUUUGUUGCUGA